AGUGGGCUGUCCUUGACGGAUUUGACUGAUGUAUGUACGAGUAAAAAAGUUAGAAAAACAGGUUUGGGCAGGAAGUGCACACUGUAUAAGAAUAGUGCCGGUAACGUGAAGAAGACAAAAGCUAUAUCAGAAGGUCUCUUGACAAUUACUGAAGGAAAAAAGGUUUGUGACAGCACACUAUGGCAGCCUGGACUUUGGGAAUCCUGAUAUGUGCAGUCCUCGCUGGACAAGGGUCAAAGGCCCAGGAUUGUGGACUGGCACCUCUGAACACAAGGAUAGUGGGUGGUGAGAAUGCUACAGCUGGGUCAUGGCCCUGGCAGGUCAGCAUGCACAUCUUUCGCUUUCACAUCUGCGGGGGGACCCUGAUCAGUGACCAGUGGGUACUCACAGCAGCCCACUGCAUCGUGACAAACUCACUUCGUUCAUGGACUCUCUACUUUGGAAGAGAGACUCAGUCUGGUCCGAACAGUAAUGAGGAGAACCGCGGCGUGUCCCAGAUCAUUGUCCAUCCUGACUACAACAACACCCUUUUCAACAACGACAUUGCUCUUAUGAAGCUCAGCACCUCGGUCACAUUCACUGACUACAUCAGACCGGUCUGUCUGGCAAGUAACUCCAGCCAGUUUCACACCUCCACCCCCUGCUGGGCCACUGGUUGGGGCAAUCUUGGAAAGGAUGAAUCCUUACCAGGCGCUUACCAACUGCAGGAAGUUCAGAUUCCUGUCAUUGGAGAAAAGCAGUGCACUUGCAACUACCAGCCUGAACCAGCUGCAAACAUCACUGACAAAAUGAUUUGUGCGGGACAAGAAAACAAAGGAGCAUGCCAGGGGGACUCCGGUGGUCCUUUGCAAUGCAAACAAGCCUCAAAGUGGAUCCAGGCCGGCAUCACCAGUUUUGGAGUACCCUGUGCCCAGGCUGGUUUCCCUGAAGUCUAUGCCCGAGUAUCUGAGUACCAGACGUGGAUCAUGGAUCAAGUGGCAGGGGCAAAAGUUACCUUUGUGACAUUCACCUCCAAUGGCACUGAUGAAGACAACAGCUUUGUGUGUAGAGGAAAUGGGACCACAGCAGAUCCAAAUACAGCCUCAUCAAUUACAACUGAGCUUACAUUUGUUUUCAUCUUAGUGGCAGUGUUCCUGCAGAACAUUGCAACAGGAUAACACAGUUCUGCGCUAAAAGCAUCUAAGAUUCUUUCUUUUUUUGUGUUGUGUAAGAUUUGUCUUUUAAUCAUUUUACAAAGAUUAUACUCAUUUUCAUAGCCAAUGAUAUAAAACUGUACGGCCUUAAUAUUAAAACAAA